AUGGCAGAGGAGAAGCUGGAGAUGGGUCAAGUUGGGGCACCUCUUAUGUCUUCAGACUCUACUAGUAAUAGGUCUCCAACCAGACCUCCCAACAAAUUUGAACGGGUGAUCCAGCCCUGUGUGGGUGAGCUGGUGGGCACUACAUUCUUUGUAUUCAUCGGAUGUGUCUCGGUCAUAGAGAAUGUGGAAACUGCCGGGAGGCUACAGCCAGCUCUGGUGCAUGGCCUGGCUGUGGCCAUUAUGGUGGCUUGCAUGGCUGAGAUCAGUGGCUCCCAUUUCAACCCCCCAUUCACUCUGGCCAUAUAUCUGUGUGGCGGCAUGGAAUUAAAUAUGGUGAUCCCGUACCUUGCAUGUCAGUUGCUCGGAGGAGUAACUGGAGCUGCUAUGGCAAGGGCCAUGACCACAAGAGAGAACUAUGCCAAGGCCCAGGGAGCUGCAUUCGCCCUGCUGCAGUCAGAUGAUCAGCUGGGGAGAGCUCUGUUUGGAGAAGUGGCCAUGACUUGCCUGGUCACCAUGGUGGUGCUGCUGGGAGCCGUCAACGCCAAGAGCAAAAGCCCGUUGGUGCCAUUCAUGGUGGGCUGCACUGUUAUUAUCAAUGUCCUGGCUGGCGGCGAUGUGUCCGGCACUUGUCUGAACCCAGCCAGAGCCUUUGGCCCGGCACUAGUGAGCAACUACUGGACCUACCACUGGGUCUACUGGGUGGGACCCAUCGGAGGGGGGCUGAUCGCGGCUGCGCUGGUUCGACUCCUCCUUGGAGACAGGAAGACUCGACUUAUCCUGAAAUGA